CGCAGCUUUCAGCCCAGCCAAGAACACACCGUCCCAGGCGAAGAAUGCACCCUUCUCGCGCGCGAUGAGGCACAACUACAUCAUACCUGCCACAUAGUCCACGCUCGCUCCACUCGCCGCGCUUAUUCGUGCACCAUGUUCAACAUUGGGAAUCUGGUGCAGAAGGCCCAGCAAUUCAUAGAGCCCACCCUCAGCAACAUCGCAGCCCCUUCCUCGAGCGACCGCCGACCGUCCAAGGCAACACUAUUUCGCUACCAGUUCCGGCUGCCCGACUCGCAGAACCCUCUUCAAGAGAUCACCGCCGAGCUUACUUUGCAGCCCCACCACUCGACGAGAGGCCCGGACGAACCUGUGACAGAAGGGGAGCGAGGACAAGGAAAUCACUAUGUGGGAAAGCUGCACCUGAGCGAGCAGUAUCUCUGUUUCUCUACGCAGGGGUCGAGCUUCCUCAACACCGCCAGCUCGAGCUCGUCCAGCAGCUUCACAGGGCAGACACAUGGCGCAGGGCCGGCCGGCAAUGGCUUUACACUACCUCUAUGUGGCAUCAGGAGAGUCGAGAGACUGCACAGCCAGAGUUACAUGUUCGCGCUCGCCAUCACCACGUGGAACGGCAUACCUGACUCCAAGACCAAAACGCCUUCUGGUCAAAAGCUCACCAUCCAGCUGGCUGGUUCGAGACAGGCCUGCGAGCGCUUCUGUGAUGGUUUGAAAAGGGGGCUGAGGGAUGGUGUCAAGAGUGUAGACACGCUACGCAAGGUGGCUCUCACUAGCUACUCCGAGUACCUGCUCACCACGGACGAAGAGAACACGGCUGCUACUGGAGAUCUUCAGCAAGGGAGAGAACACCCAGAUACAGGUCUUGGACUGACUUUCAAGUACCCUGGCAAUGCGCGGAAACUGAGGGAUGCAACCAAGAUACGCUUAUGGCGAGAGUAUUUACGAGAAAACGGCCGAGGUGCGACACUCAUCCGCCAACCAACAUUCCACAAGUUGAUACGCGUCGGUCUGCCGAAUCGAUUACGAGGAGAGAUCUGGGAGCUCACCUGUGGCUCGUUCUUUCUGCGCCUACAGAAUCCAAACUUAUACACGGAUACCUUAGCGAAGUUCUCGGGGCGAGAAUCGCUGGCCAUAGAUGAGAUCGAGAAGGACUUGAACCGCAGUCUACCAGAAUACCCCGGCUUCCAGGAUGAGGCAGGUAUAGGCAGGCUGCGGCGCGUCUUGACAGCGUACAGCUGGACGAACGAGGAGGUUGGAUACUGUCAGGCGAUGAACAUCGUCGUGGCAGCAUUGCUGAUUUACGUUUCUGAGCCCCAAGCCUUCUUUCUGCUCUCGAUACUAUGUGACCGUCUAUUACCGGGAUACUACUCACAGACCAUGUACGGAACCUUGCUGGACCAAAAAGUCUUCGAGUCGUUGGUUGAAAAGACUAUGCCCAUCCUUUGGGACCAUCUCGUCAAGUCUGAUGUUCAGCUUUCCGUGGUCUCCCUACCUUGGUUCCUGUCGCUCUACAUCAACUCGAUGCCCUUGAUCUUCGCCUUCCGAGUCCUGGAUGUCUUCUUCCUUGAAGGACCCAAAGUCUUGUUCCAAAUUGGGCUUGCCAUCUUGCGCAUUAACGGCGAGCAGCUCUUGGAUGCUGCAGACGAUGGAUCUUUCAUCUCAGUUCUGAAGUCAUACUUCUCUAGACUCGACGAGUCUGCGCAUCCCAAAUCCGAGAACCAGAAACUGCGAGCCGUUACACGGUUCCAGGAGUUGAUGGUAGUGGCAUUCAAAGAAUUCGCUGGCAUCACGCAAAACACCAUCUCAGAACAACGGGCGAAACAUAAAGAUGCAGUUCUCGAGAACAUUGAGAACUUUGCUAAGCGCACAUCUAUUCGCAAUCUUGGCCCUGAAAGCAAGAAGCUGAGUGUGAACGACCUGGGCUUCUUGUACGACAAAUUCUACGCGGUCCUGUAUGAUAGACAGCAGCGAGCAGAGAUCAUGCAGCAAGAAGCUGAGCGAAAAGCAAAGGUCAGCCGUGCCAAGGCUACGGAGAUCAUCAGUGGGUUUGCAAGCAGCAGUGCCGAAAAGGGACGGGUGGCCGUGGGCGUCAGUCCAACACACAUGGACUAUGAUGCGUUCAGGGAGUUCCUUGCUGGAAUCGCGAAAUGGGCCGUUACUGACUCGCCAACGUCGCCGAAAGAGGCGAAUCCCACUCAGACUCACUCAUAUUUUGGCGGCAGCAUGAGAAGUCGGCCGCCAGUAUCACCUUGGGGUUCAGGGCCAGAGCCUGCAGAUCACGAGUUCCUGAAGCGCCUCUUCCGCCGCUGGGAUACUGACAUGACCGACUCGCUCUCGCUGCAAAAUGUUGUGGCCGGAUUUGCCGCUGUCAAGGGGACCAAAGAUAUCAUGUCGAACAUCAGCUACUUCUUCGAGCUAUACGAUGAUGAUGGCGAUGGCAGGGUGGACCGCGAAGGCAUUUUGAGAAUAUCAGAAGCUUUACUCUUCCUGUCGAGAAGAGGACUCCACGAAUCUGUCAGCCCUUCAGCAUCGUCACUUGAUGUGGGCUCUGAUCCUCCAAUGUCCCGGGACGAGCAGUUCCUCAGCAGUGUCUCUGCAUUCAUUCGCCGCUGCUUCGAGUACGCCGAUCCGGAUCACUCUUCGAACCAGAGCGGCGCUACGGUUGGUGAAGCAGAAGAGGGUCUAGAUAACUUCGCGAUCGGCGACGAAGAUGAAGAUGACCUUAUUGAUUUUGGGGACGAGCCUGCGACACCAAAGGCUGAGAGGCCUGCAGAGAAUCCAUUAUCGCCAACGCAGUCUACACAUACAAUCGAGUCGGAGACAGGCGAGCGACACGAGAAAGCCAAAGCAGCCAAUCUUGCGCUGGAUCCCAACAAGCCUUUGCACAUAACACUGCCUACCUUCCGUAUGGUCAUUCUAGCAGAUGAAGUGCUAGAACAGUUCUUUGAAAUUGGCUUCUCUUCGUCCUUCCGCCUGGCCGAUGAACCCCUACCAUCCUUGAUGUCGACAUCCUCGAAUCUCACUACAUUCGCCAACGCUGGCCGACAGAUGUCUAGCCUAGCAGGUGGCAUGGGCGUGGUAGGUGGUGCAGGUGUUGGCGUGGUCCCACCGGGCAAGAGCAUUCGAGGCAUUCUCGACAACAUUGUCAAUGACGGCAUGCGCGUUGCAGCGGAGGUUAGGCGCAGAUACGACGAAGCCCAGAAAGAGCUUGACGCUCAGUCGCAGCAUGCCCGUGACGAUGAUGAGGAUCAUGAAGGAGAGGAGAAAGACGCAGAUCUCCUCGAUGGCGCAGAGACAGCAGAUGUUGUCUCAGUUAAGGAGGAGAAUCUCACCGACUUACUUUCGCCUGGUACUGAUAAAGAGAUCAGGAGUACGAAGGACCGAAGAGCGAGCGACGCCAGCCGAAGGGUUUUGGAGUUUGAGAGCGGCAAAGCUUGAUCAUGUACGAACAGUCGAAGUUCGGCGUUUGGGAUCUUCACUUUGUUCGACUGCAUCAGGGGAGCGUACAGGAGCAACACCAAAUACACUAUCGAUUUUCACU